AGUGUCAAUGUCAAGACACGAAAUUCCGAUUUGUUUACCUUUUACAUUUGUUUUGUUACCUUAAAAAAUUUAUUGCAAUUGUUUGAUCCUUCGAGUAUUAAUUAUGAGUGACAUGGAGAAUGCUACCGAAGCUGCUUCCCUUGCUAUCCAGUUUGAUCGAAUGAAGGAUGUCGAUAAGGCGGUAGAAUGUUACAGGACUGCUGCUCGCUUGCUCGACAGAGUUCGGGAUUCCGUGCCUUUUGAGCGGAGACAAGAAAUUCGCGAUAAAGUGCGAGAGUACCUUGCGAGAGCUACUGCACUCCAAGAACAAAAAGAGGAAGCACAGCAAGCUGAAAGUGAGCGGUGUAUGCAACAAUGUUAUUUCCUGAUGCAACAAGCGUUGGAUGCCGAUGAGGCUGAUCUAAAAGAUCUGGCACUACAGUUGUAUACACAAGCUGUUGAACUGGCUGUCAGUGCAAAAACAAGUGAUGUAAAAAUUUUAACAAAAAUUAAAUCAUUAGCUGCUCAAGCUUUGGAUAGAGCUGAAGAAAUCAAAGGCAUUAAGAAACUUGGUGCAUUGGACAUCAAUGAACCUAACAGACCAACUGUCUCACCGAACAGAGCACAAUUCCAGCGAGAACAGAGUGUACAUUUGAAAGUCAGUGGUGGUAAACACACUUACACAGAAGAAGAGAAGGAAGUAUUAAGGACGACAUCUAAUAUUAACAACAACUGCUUCCUACCAUUCAUGGAUGUAGAUUUGUCAGAAAAAUUCCAGUAUGCAUUACCGUUUGAAGACAGAGCUAGUGAGUUAAAACUAUCCUCUAAACAAGAACAAGAGUUUCAAUGCUGGAUCAGGCCACAUGAAAUAUGCAGUGAACCAAAAUUAAUUGUACACGAUCAUGUAGAUUGCUUCAGUAUUAAACAGACGAUAGUGUCCGACUGCUCAUUCGUCGCGUCGCUCGCAGUUAGCGCGUUAUACGAGAGAAGGUUCGACAAGAAAAUAAUCACAUCAAUAAUUUACCCCAAAAAUAAAAACAAACAGCCUGUAUACAAUCCGUUUGGCAAGUACAUGGUGAAGCUACAUUUCAAUGGCGUCAGAAGAAAGGUGAUCAUAGAUGAUAGAUUACCUUAUAGCAAACAUGGUCGACUACUUUGUUCAUAUUCAAGUAACAAAAACGAAUUUUGGGUGUCUAUGCUCGAGAAGGCGUAUAUGAAAGUAAUGGGUGGAUAUGACUUCCCUGGAUCCAAUAGUAACAUAGAUCUGCACGCGCUGACGGGCUGGAUCCCGGAGCGGUGCGCCAUUAGGACCGGGGAGGCAGAUUUCAAUGCCGACACAUUGUACGAGACUAUAAGGUCUAGACUGGAAAGGGGGGAGGUACUAGUGACGGUGGCGACGGGGCCUCUGUCCGACGCCGAAGCGGAUAGGACCGGAUUGGUCGCUACACACGCUUAUGCUGUAUUGGAUGUCAGACUCGCCGACGGUGUCAAACUAUUGAAGUUAAAGAAUCCCUGGUCCCAUCUCCGUUGGCGCGGCAACUAUUCCGAACUAGACGCGGAUCAUUGGACCCUUUCUUUACGGUCCCUUCUAAACUACGACCCGGAGAGUGCGGCUCAAUACGAUAACGGCGUGUUCUGGAUCGACUACGCGAGUAUUCUACGGUUCUUCGACGUGUUCUACCUAAACUGGAAUCCUGAGCUAUUUCACUAUACCUACUGCAUACAUCAGAAAUGGGACGCGGGCAAUGGUCCCGUUAAAGACAUAUACAACAUUGGCGAGAACCCGCAGUUCUCCCUCCACGUGCAAGGAAAGGGCGCAGUAUGGUUGCUGCUUACAAGACAUAUCACACAGAUUGAUGACUUCAGGGACAACAAGGAAUAUAUCACACUGCUGGUCUACAAGAACGACGGCAAAAGAGUUUACUAUCCUUACGAGCCAGCCCCAUACAUCGACGGGGUCAGGAUCAACAGUCCCCACUACUUAUGCAAAGUGAUAGUGGGUGAAAGCAGCACUGACAGAUACACUUUAGUCGUAUCGCAGUAUGAGAAAUAUAGAACGAUAUACUACACUCUUAGAGCGUAUGCUACUUGCCCCUUCGCGCUGAGCAAAUUGGAGCCUUAUCCUCAUAAGAAAAUGUUGAAAGGCGAAUGGUCGGGUCGAACGGCCGGCGGUUGCGAGAACCAUAGAGAAACUUACCCGAACAAUCCCAAGUUUGUGUUCACGGUGCCCGACACCAGGGUGCCUUGCCACGUGACCAUAGAGCUCAAGGGGCCCAAGCAGUACCAAAUCGGGUUUAAUGUUACAGUGGAAUCGUUGGAAGAUCCCAGUGUUACGGCACCCUUUUUUAAGGAAUCCUCCGGAGCUUACAGGUCUGGUUUCGUAGUACUCCAGCUAUACAAUCUCCCCGCGGGUAAGUACAUAUUGACUCCGUCCACAUUCUACCCGGCGCAGGAGGGGCCCUUCAUACUGGAGAUGAGAUCGACUUGCGAACUAAACUGCGAAACGAGAAACUAGAAGGCGGCAGGUAGGAAAUUAGAGCAGCAGAGGCAUUUAGGGGGAUAGUUCUGAAUAUCUGUUAUGAUGGAUACACUUAUUAUAAGCAUAGAGAUACACCGAAGGGAGUAGAUAGCGACAUAAAACUAUUCAAAUCUGUACUAAUAUUACAAAUGCGAAAAUUUUGUCUGUCUGUCACCUCUUCACGCUGAAACCAUUGAACCGAUUUGAAUGAAAUUUGAUAUAGAGAUAGAUUGGACCCAGGAAAGAACAUAGGAUAUUUUUUGUCCCAAAAACGCAUUUUGACCCGUUUUAACGUGUUUUAAUUAAUGAGUGGUGUGCGUGAACACCUAGGAAACAAAUAUGUAAUUUUUAAUCUAAAAUUAUUAGGGCGGGUAAUAUUAUUUUGUUGCAAUUUCUGGGAGCACGCUACAGAACUACCUCACCUGGAUCAUAUAAUCUGAAUAAUCCUUUAUGUAAAUGUUAUUCGAGGCUUUUAGGUCCACUUAUGAAGCUAUGAAUAAUAAAUCUUUAUUGCUUUGUUAAUAUUUUUUUAUCAAUAAGAUUGUGAUCUAGUUUUGUAUGUAAUUGACUAGUCCGUGUUGUCUAUGAUUGUUUAUUUUAUUAACUAUGUAAUAGGGAUGAUGACGGGGUAAAUUGAACGGAAUUCUCAUAUCAGGGCCGCGGUAGCAUAAUGAUCAGUGCAUUCGCCCGGAUAGCGAUGGGUGUGGGUUAGAGUCCCGUCUGCUGAAAAUUGAAAAUUUUCUUUACAUUUAAACAUCUGACAGUUCAAUGCUUAAAAAAAAAACGUUAAAAAGUCCGUCAGUUAGAUUAUCAAAAAAUAAUGGACACUUAUUUUUCUUUUGUCAAUUAACCAAAAAUUGCACAGAUAUAGCGCGUCAAAAUGUGACGUCACUUCCAAGAAAAAACGUACCAAGGCGUGACGUCAUGCGACAUUUCAAAUCGAUAUAUCUCUGUACUGAAUUGAUUAUGUGAAAGUAAGAAAGUACGUGUCCUAUAGUUUUUGAUAAUCUACCUGGUAGAUGAAGAAAAAAAAAUCAGUCAUCACCCCUAUUGAUUUGAUGAUGAAAUCUGACAUUGUUAAUAAUGCUUUUGGAUAUUUAUGUUUAUAUCACGUAUAAACCAUCUCAUUACAAAACAUUCACUAAUGUUUAGCUUGGUUUAAAAAUGAUACUACAUUUUACAUUGGCUUGAUAAAAAUAAUACAGAGAAAUCAUUAUAUGAUGUUUAAUGAUAUUAUCAUUUAUAAUAUAAUAUUUAAACCGAGUCGAGUUUUAGACUACGUAUUGAGCUGUGCGGGUUCAAAUAACUUAAUUUACAAAAUAUAUACUUGUGUAAAAUCAGUUGGUUAAGAAACCAUUUUAGUUUUGGUACAGCAGUAUACAGCACAUCAAGUUUCCAGUGUAAAUCUUUGUUUAAUUGAUUAUGAAUUUUAUUAGAAUCUUCUUAAGAGUUAUAUUUGAGAAAUUAGUACUGUCAUUUGGUAGUUUUACCUGGAAAGUCGUCCGGGAGUUUUGAAAAUUGGUAAUUUUAAAGAUUUUGAGAUGCUCUUUCCGAAUUUCGACUUUGCCACCUCGUAUUUUUGCCGCUCGCGCCGCCAUAUUCGAAAAAUGGCGUCUAAAAGCAGUUUUUUGACAAUAUCUCCUUUCCGACUCAUUUAACGAUAAAAACAGUUAUGUACAAUAUGAAACAAGAGACAAUUGCCUACAAUUUAUGUAUGUCCCUUUUUUUCAUAAAGUCAUUAGUUUUGGCGUAUGAGCGCCGCAAAGUGUACUCCAACUUAUAAUUUGCCCUCUGUGUGUAAAACUAUAAAAGUUUGUUUAAGGAUAAGCAUUUUAUAUCACUUAAAAACAUUGUUAAAAUCUUGUAAUAAAUAACACGAAAACGGAAAUUUUCGCGAUAGCGCAACAGUGUAGCCGUUACCGUAUCGUCAUUGAGUUCAUAAUAUUUAUCGUGAUAAAGAACAGAAACGAAGGUGUGUAAAGUGAUG